AUUCCUGAUUGGGCAAAAUACAUCCACAAGAUGUGGGCGGAGUCCGGAUUCUGAACAUGUCCCAUCCCAUUUUUUAGCGAUUGUAAUAACAUCUGGGCAGAUUAUCGUUUAUUAAAGAUCCAUGGGUACGUCAGAGGGUGUCAGAAAGCGCCACAAGGCUCGAGGCAGUGGCAGCAAUGUGGGGCAGAAAGGGAAGAAAGCAGAGAUGGGCCAAUGGGGCAGAGCAUGGGAGGUGGACUGGUUCUCAUUGAUUGGAGUGAUUCUGCUGCUGUGCCUGGCCCCAUUCAUUGUUUUCUUCUUCAUCAUGACAUGUGAUCAGUACCAGUGCUCCAUCAGCAUGGUUCUGCUGGACAUUUACAAUGGCGAUGCCAGUCCACUGAGCAUCUUGAAGAAAGCGCCUUCGUUUACAUGGACCGCUGCCAAAAUCUAUGCAGCCUGGGUCACUUUCCAGGUGGUGCUGUAUACCUGCAUUCCUGAUGUUAUUCAUAAAUUCCUGCCAGGCUACGUAGGAGGGGUGCAGGAAGGAGCUCGUACACCAGCAGGCCUGAUUAAUAAAUAUCAGAUCAAUGGGCUGCAGUGCUGGAUUAUAACACACGCUUUAUGGGCAGCCAAUGCUUAUCAUUUCCACUGGUUCUCUCCCACUAUCCUUAUUGACAACUGGAUCCCCCUGCUGUGGUGCACCAACAUCCUCGGCUACACCGUUUCAGUGUUUGCUUUCAUCAAGGCCUACUUGUUCCCCACCAACCCAGAGGAUUGCAAAUUCACAGGAAACUUUUUUUACAACUUCAUGAUGGGCAUUGAGUUUAAUCCACGCAUUGGAAAAUGGUUCGACUUCAAGCUCUUCUUCAACGGCCGGCCCGGGAUUGUUGCCUGGACUUUAAUCAAUUUGUCCUAUGCUGCCAAGCAACACGAGCUCUAUGGUUAUGUAACCAACUCAAUGAUACUGGUCAAUGUGCUGCAGGCCAUUUACGUGUUAGAUUUCUUCUGGAAUGAAGCCUGGUAUUUAAAAACGAUUGAUAUUUGCCACGAUCACUUUGGUUGGUACUUGGGCUGGGGCGACUGUGUCUGGCUGCCUUUCCUUUACACACUACAGGGCCUGUACCUGGUCUAUAAUCCUGUCCAGCUUUCCACAGCUUAUGCUUGCACUGUCCUCGCCCUCGGUCUAGUUGGCUACUACAUCUUUCGUUCAGCCAACCAUCAGAAGGACUUGUUUCGGCGCACGCAGGGUAAAUGCAAAAUCUGGGGCAGUAAGCCGACUUUCAUUGAGUGCUCGUAUCGUUCAGCUAAUGGCGGCAUUCAUAAGAGCAAGCUGCUCACAUCAGGCUUCUGGGGCACCGCGCGUCACCUUAACUACACUGGUGACCUGCUGGGCUCUUUGGCCUACUGCAUGGCAUGCAGCAACGGGCACCUGCUGCCCUACUUCUACAUUGUCUACAUGUUCAUCCUGCUGCUGCACCGCUGUAUCCGUGAUGAGCAUCGCUGCAGCAGCAAGUACGGUGAGGACUGGAAACGCUACACGGCCACAGUGCCUUACCGCCUACUGCCUGGAAUCUUCUAGAAGAACAAAAAGUUCUCUGAAAUGAGUGGACUUUGCUGAAUUGUGUAUGGGAAUGCUUCUUCUUGUGUUCAUUUUGAAAUUUCCCUCUGUAGCCAUCAGAAUAACUUCUCUUGACUGGAUUUAGUACAGGUUGACCUCUACCUCAUUUUGUGUUAUUUGGUUUUACCUGCUUUCUAAUGUUCAUGCAGAAAACUGUGAUAUAAAUUGGCUCAUAUUUGCCAUUUUUUAUGACUAAUUUGUAAAGGUUUUGUGGUUAUACAGUAUGUAUGUAUAUGUGGUUCUUUACAUAUAAUUCAGUAUAAAUGGUAGGCAAUUUUAUGCAUUUUAAAAGGCACUUACAUGUUUUAUACGAAGGAUUUUUGUACGAAUUCUUAAAUAUCCCCUAAAAGGAGUCAAAACUACCCGAUCCUACUAGAGCUACUAGAGAGGUUUGUUAUAUAACGCACUUCCAGCAGGAACAAUUUUAAAAUGCACAGAUUAAGAUUAUGUCAAGGCCAGACACUAUCCUCUAUUCCAAAUAAAGAUUCAACUGUUUUGAAGGU